GUCCUUCCUAGUUGAAAGUGAAGUAAGUGAGGUUGGGCAGUCUAUAAUAACUAAUUGUAAAUUGAUCAAUCAAACAUAUAUAAAUAGAAGAGAGAAAGAGAGAAAAUAUAUUAUAUCCAUUAUAAUAAAAAUUAUACAAACAUGGGAACGGUGGCUCAAAGAGUUGAAAGCUUAGCCUUGAGUGGUAUAUCAUCAAUCCCAAAAGAAUAUGUGAGACCAAAAGAAGAGUUAGCAAACAUAGGUAACAUCUUUGAUGAAGAAAAAAAAGAAGGUCCUCAAGUUCCAACAAUAGACCUAAAAGAAAUAAACUCUUCAGAUGAAAUAGUUAGAGGAAAAUGUAGAGAGAAGCUUAAGAAAGCUGCAGAAGAAUGGGGUGUGAUGCAUUUAGUGAACCAUGGUAUAUCUGAUGAUCUUAUUAAUCGUUUGAAGAAAGCUGGUGAAACAUUUUUUGAGCUUCCUGUUGAAGAAAAAGAGAAAUAUGCAAAUGAUCAAAGUUCUGGGAAGAUUCAAGGUUAUGGAAGUAAAUUAGCUAAUAAUGCUAGUGGUCAACUUGAAUGGGAAGAUUAUUUCUUUCAUUGCAUUUUUCCAGAGGAUAAACGUGAUUUGUCUAUAUGGCCCAAGACACCUGCUGAUUAUACUAAGGUUACAAGCGAAUAUGCAAAGGAAUUAAGAGUCCUAGCUAGCAAGAUAAUGGAAGUGUUAUCUCUUGAACUAGGGUUGGAAGGUGGAAGGUUAGAAAAAGAAGCUGGUGGAAUGGAAGAGCUUUUACUUCAAAUGAAAAUUAAUUACUACCCAAUUUGCCCUCAACCAGAGCUAGCACUUGGAGUUGAAGCCCAUACAGAUGUAAGUUCACUUACUUUCCUCCUCCAUAAUAUGGUGCCAGGUUUGCAACUUUUCUAUGAGGGCAAAUGGGUCACUGCAAAAUGUGUACCUGAUUCAAUUCUCAUGCAUAUUGGUGACACAAUUGAGAUACUUAGCAAUGGAAAGUACAAAAGUAUCCUUCAUCGUGGAUUGGUGAAUAAGGAAAAAGUUAGAAUAUCUUGGGCAGUGUUUUGUGAACCACCUAAGGAGAAAAUUAUUCUGAAGCCACUUCCUGAACUUGUAACUGAAAAAGAACCAGCAAGGUUUCCACCUCGCACUUUUGCUCAGCAUAUUCAUCACAAACUUUUUAGGAAGGAUGAGGAGGAGAAGAAAGAUGAUCCCAAAAAAUGAGUGCCUCAUUAUUCAAUUUCUCUGGAAAAUUUGCAUUUUAUACAUUUGUAUUGUGUUAUCUUAUCUUAUCCUGGCCUAUGAACUUUUUGUGUGUUGCGGUAAUAAUAGGGCUACAUUAUGUAUGUGGCCUAAAUAUGUUGUUUGUUAUUUCCUUUAAUAAAAAAAUAUAUAUUCAUGUUUUUAGAUUUGAUCUAUACAGCAAUAUUGUGCUUCAAUAUAAUAUUUUUCUUUUAA